UAUUUCAUAAAUCAUUCGUGACUCGUAAUAGCAUUUUUUGGCGAAAUAUCGAUUUUUCAUGGUCAUAUGUUAUUAAAUAUGACAAACAUAAUUCGAAAGAAAAAUUUGAUAUGCUGCAACAAUCUUCACACAUUCCUUUUAACGAAUUUUUUAUUUGUAAAUGUGGAUCAGAUAAAACAAAUUGGCAAAAAGAAGCAUAUCGACAAGAAUGUGAUUAUUUUAAGCUUCUUCAAUCUGUCAAUAAAUCUCUUCCUAAGAAUGAACGUUUAAUCAACAUGAAUAAGAAAGGUUCUUUGAUGAAAAUUAAAAAGAUAUUUUGUACUAUAAAAUUAGAUUACGAUAUAUAUCUUUGGGUUAAAAAUCUUAAUGAUACAACAUCUACCAUCUAUAAACAAGAGAGUGAAUUACUUCAAAAUUUUAAGAAAUCUAUUUUUAAACAAGCAAAAAAAAAGAAAAUAAAUAUAUCUGAAAUUAAACCAAUUGUUGAAACACGUUUAACUGCUCUUAAUCAAUCUCCAGAAUAUUAUCCUCAAUCUCCAAAUUUCUGUUCAGUAUAA